AUGGUCGUGGCCUCCGGAAGGGGGCGGGCCCGGGCUCCGCGGCCCCGGAGCUCCCAGCCAGACCGGAUGCGGGCUCCCGGCGCGGGCACGGCCUCCGUGGCGUCGCUGGGGCUGCUGUGGCUGCUCGGGCUGCCGUGGACCUGGAGCGCGGCGGCGGCGCUCGGCGUGUACGUGGGCGGCGGCGGCUGGCGUUUCCUGCGCAUCGUCUGCAAGACCGCGAGGCGGGACCUGUUCGGCCUCUCCGUGCUGAUCAGAGUGCGCCUGGAGCUGCGGCGGCACCAGCGGGCGCACCACACCAUCCCGGGCAUAUUCGAGGCCGUGGCGCGGCAGCAGCCCGACCGGCUGGCCCUGGUGGACGCGGGCAGCGGCGUGAGCUGGACCUUCGCGCAGCUGGACGCCUACUCCAACGCCGUGGCCAACGUCUUCCAGCAGCUGGGCCUCGGGCCGGGGGACGUGGUGGCCAUCUUCCUGGAGGGCCGGCCGGAGUUUGUGGGCCUGUGGCUGGGCCUGGCCAAGGCUGGGGUGGAGGCCGCGCUGCUCAAUGUCAACCUGCGGCGCGAGCCCCUGGCCUUCUGCCUGGGCACCUCGGGCGCCAAGGCCCUCGUCUUCGGAGGGGAGCUGGCCGCAGAGGUGGCUGAGGUGAGCGGGCAGCUGGGGAAGAGUCUGCUCAAGUUCUGCUCCGGAGACUUGGGCCCCGAGGGCAGCUGGCCGGACACCCGGCUGCUGGACCCGCUGCUGAAGGAGGCAUCCACGGCCCCCCUGGCCCAGUCCCCUGGGAAGGGCAUGGAUGAUCGACUCUUCUACAUCUACACGUCGGGGACCACGGGGCUACCCAAGGCCGCCAUCGUCGUGCACAGCAGGUACUACCGCAUCGCCGCCUUUGGCCACCACGCCUACAGCAUGGGCCCCUCCGACGUGCUCUACGACUGCCUGCCCCUGUAUCACUCCGCAGGGAACAUCAUGGGUGUGGGCCAGUGUCUCAUCUACGGGAUGACGGUCGUCCUCCGCAAGAAGUUCUCCGCCAGCCGCUUCUGGGACGACUGCGUCAAGCACAACUGCACGGUGGUCCAGUACAUCGGGGAGAUCUGCCGGUACCUGCUGAAGCAGCCAGUGCGGGAGGCGGAGCGGCAGCACCGGGUGCGCCUGGCCGUGGGCAACGGGCUGCGGCCCGCCAUCUGGGAGGAGUUCACGGAGCGGUUCGGGGUGCGCCAGAUCGGCGAGUUCUACGGGGCCACCGAGUGCAACUGCAGCAUCGCCAACAUGGACGGGAAGGUGGGCUCCUGUGGCUUCAACAGCCGCAUCCUGCCCUACGUGUACCCCAUCCGGCUGGUGAAGGUCAACGAGGACACCAUGGAACUCCUGCGGGACGCCCAGGGCCUCUGCAUCCCCUGCCGGACAGGGGAACCCGGGCUCCUCGUGGGCCAGAUCAACCAGCGGGACCCACUGCGUCGCUUCGACGGCUACAUCAGCGAGAGCGCCACCAGCAAGAAGAUCGCCCACAGCGUCUUCCGCAAGGGCGACAGCGCCUACCUCUCAGGCGACGUGCUGGUGAUGGAUGAGCUGGGCUACAUGUACUUCCGGGACCGAAGCGGGGACACCUUCCGCUGGCGCGGGGAGAACGUCUCCACCACCGAGGUGGAGGGCGUGCUGAGCCGCCUGCUGGGCCAGACGGAUGUGGCCGUGUAUGGGGUGGCCGUGCCAGGAGUAGAAGGCAAAGCAGGCAUGGCGGCCAUCGCAGACCCCCACGGCCAGCUGAGCCCCAACGAGCUGUACCAGGAGCUGCAGAAGGUGCUGGCACCCUAUGCCCGGCCCAUCUUCCUGCGCCUCCUGCCUCAGAUGGACACCACAGGCACCUUCAAGAUCCAGAAGACACGGCUGCAGCACGAGAGCUUUGACCCAUCCCAGACCUCAGACCAGCUCUUCUUCCUGGACCUGAAGCAGGGACACUACCUGCCCCUGGACCAGGCUGUCUACACCCAAAUCUGCUCGGGUUCCUUCUCCCUUUGA